UUGUCUCCAUUUAAGCACAAGGUGUGUUUAUAUAUAACAUAUAUCACAUAUACGUGUGUGUGUGUAAUCCUUUCUUUAAUUCUAUUAACCAUCAUAAUCUUCAACAUGGCAACCAAUAAAAAAACAGUCAUGCAUGUAUACAAACUUGACACCGGCAACCGUCCACCGGAGCCUCACCAUAACCACCUAUCAACCACCACCACCACCACCAAAAAAAUAAUUGUCAAGAGCUUAGGAGCAUUACUUCGGCGAUCCAAAACCUAUCGCGAAAAUAAUCACAAUCACAUUCACAAUCACAACAUCAACUCCACCAAAGAAGACACAAAAGAAGUGGUCCUAGAAACAUCAAGAAAAUCACUUCCGGCUAUCGAUAGCGAUAGGAGUGUGGUUCCCGCGAUUAAAGAUGGCAGGAAAUCAGCUUCGGUGGUUGAAGAAGGGAGGAAAGGGGCACCGGGGGUUGAGGUAGGGGUGGUGGCAGGGCGGAGAUCUGCGGAGAAUAGGGCGGAGAUGGUGAUGAUUAAUGUCGCGGAGGUCGCAGAUUUGUAUCAAGUGAGGGUUUUGGUGACGGACAUGCCGGCGUUCAUGCAAGUUCACGCAUUCCGGUGUGCUAGAAGAACGUUUGAUAGUUUGGAUGAAACUAGUCCUAGACAAAUUGCUUGUAACAUGAAAAAGGACUUUGACAAGGUAUAUGGGCCGGCUUGGCAUUGCAUUGUGGGCUCAAGUUUUGGGUCAUUUGUGACCCAUGCAACCGGUUGUUUUCUUUAUUUCACUAUGGAAAAGUUAUAUGUUUUAGUUUUCAAGACAAAAGUUAAAAAAAUUCUGAACAAUUCACAUUAAAAAUAAGAUCCGAUUAAAAUAUCAAUAUUAAGAUAUGGAAAAUCGGUAAUUAUAGUUAUAGUUUGUUUCCCUUUGUUUUUUUAAAAAAUUUGAUCAAGUUUGUUGAUUUUUAUUUUCUAGUUCCCAUAUUUGCACUUCAAAAAUUUAAAGAACAUGGUUGUAAAUUUCAAUUAUGUU